UCUCUAAGGAAGCGUGUGGUACUAAUGCCAUGUUUCAAUAUUUUAAUCAAUAAUAACGACGCACAAAUUUUCAAGAAAUCUUAAAAUAAUACUGUAAUCAAUCUGAAGGAUUCUAUCUAGAAAUACUAUAUAGUAUAUAAUAUAAAUAUAUAUGCAUAUAGAAGUUCAUAUCAAGCAUCACAUCUUCAUCACUUGCUCUAUACAAAAACUCUAUUUCAUCAUCUCCAACCAUAAAACUAACCAAUACUUUCAAUGGGGUCUUUAACAGUGUCUAAGCCAAGGUUGGAAGGAAAAGUUGCUAUCAUCACCGGAGCUGCAAGUGGGAUCGGUGAAGCAGCAGCAAGACUAUUCGUGGACAACGGCGCGUUUGUUGUGGUUGCUGAUGUGCAAGAUGAAUUGGGUACGAAAGUUGUAGCUUCAAUUGGUGUAGAAAAAGCUUGUUACAAGCACUGUGAUGUUACCGACGAAAAACAAGUCGAAGAACUAGUAGCAUUUGCUGUGGAAAGGUAUGUGACAUUGGAUAUUGUGUACAGUAAUGCAGGAAUCAUGGGUCCGUUGCCUGGAAUUCUCGAUUUAGAUCUGGGUUUUUUCAAGAAAACAAUGUCAAUCAACGCUUGCGGCGGUGCUGCCAUGAUUAAACACGCCGGCCGUGUCAUGGUGGUAAGAAAAAUCCGCGGAUCGAUUGUGUGCACGGCGAGUAUUGCUGCUGCAAGGGGAGGUGUCUCGCCGGUUGCUUAUACGGCUUCGAAACAUGCGCUUCUGGGUGUGGUGCGUUCGGCUUCUCGCGAGCUUGGUGCUCAUGGGAUUCGGGUUAACUCGGUGUCGCCGUUCGGAGUAGCGACUCCGAUGGCCGUUGCAGUUGGCGGGGAAGUCAAGAAUUGGGAUCCAAAAUUUAUUGAUAUGUCGAGAUCAGGGACUGGGUAUCUGAAAGGAACUUAUUUGCAAGCUAAGAAUGUAGCCGAGGGUGCUUUGUUUCUUGCUUCUGAUGAAUCUAGUUGUGUGAGCGGACAUGAUCUUGUUGUUGAUGGUGGUUAUACAGUUUCUUGUGAUGGUUUCCCACUUGGUAUUAAACGCAGUGAUGAUUGAAACUUUUCUGUUUGUAAUUCUUAUUUUACUUCUUAAUCAAUAAAUAAUUUGAUUCUUAAUUAUUUUA